AUGACCACGGCCACUUCGCAAGAGGAGAAACCAUGGCACGCCCAAUUCCCCGCUCCGAGGGAAACAGCUCCAAAGGCCAUCUCGCGUGAAGACUUGUUGGAACGCUUCCGGCAGGGCCAGAGGGGAGGGAGGGAUUUCCUGCUCGUGGACCUCAGGAGGAAUGAUCAUGCUGGCGGCACCAUCAAACACUCCAUAAACCUGCCCGCACAGACACUCUACCCCUCUCUCGCGACACUGUACAAUUUGUCCACCGCCGCCAACAUCCCCCUGGUGAUCUUCUACUGUGGCAGCUCCGGCGGCCGUGGAACCAGAGCCGCCGGCUGGUUGGCAGAUUACAUCGCCGACCAGGGUCAGCAGGCGACAACGGCGCUCCAGAGUGUCAUCCUGAAAGGUGGGAUCAAGGGCUGGGUGGCCGGUGGGGAGGAGUUCGCGCAGUGGAUGGACGGGUUUGAAGCGGAAGCCUGGAAAAAGGGAGACGGGCAGUGA